GCAUAUAACCGACGAAAAUACAGGCCUCUGCUCAACUGUCGGCCGAAAAUCCAUUGCUUUCACCUAUCUUCUCGUUGCUGCGCAUUUACUCCCGCCAUGAUGAUCUAUCUCCAUCCAUUUCUACGAUUUUAUUGCCAAUUAAAUCUUCUCAUAAAUUGCAGGCCAACAAUUCUGGACUCGGUGGAUUCGGGGUCCCAUUUUCUGAACGCCAUUGAUAGCCAUUUGAGGAAAAUAUCGACAAGGUUCUAUCAAUGGCACUUUGCUAUAUCCUCUUUUGAGAUUCGUGCCCCAAAUUAGCUGUAACUUUCCAAUUUCAUCGGCAAAUGAGCUGGAGGAAUAUGAUCUCUUUUUGUCCUGCUUCGACUUUGCAGAAAAUGUUUCAGGGUGGACCGGGUGCCGAGCUUGAAUGCCGGCAUACGAUUAAGUCCCAUGGGAGACGACUCGCGAAGAUCCACAAGCAUGAUUGGCUGAUACUGCUACUGCUUGUAGUCAUUGAGAUCCUCCUCAAUGUGAUCCACCCAUUCUACCGAUUCGUUGGGAGAGGCAUGAUGGACGAUCUUCGAUAUCCAAUGAAAGACAACACCGUGCCUAUUUGGACCGUGCCGCUAUAUGCAGUUCUGUUGCCUAUUGCUAUUUUCGUGGCGUACUAUCUUCGAAGGAAGGAUGUGUAUGACCUGCAUAACAGCAUUCUAGGGCUUUUGUUCGCGGUGCUGAUAACUGGAGUUCUCACGGAUGCUAUAAAAGAUGCUGUAGGCCGACCCCGGCCUAAUUUUUUCUGGCGUUGCUUUCCCGAUGGAAUAGAUGAGUACGAUGGAUGGGGGAAUGUCGUCUGUCAUGGCAACGAUAGCGAUAUAAAAGAAGGGCACAAGAGUUUUCCUAGCGGCCAUACUUCUUGGUCGUUUGCGGGGCUUGCAUUCCUAUCACUAUACUUGUCGGGGAAGAUCAAAUGCUUCGACAGAAGGGGGCACGUCGCGAAACUGUGCAUCGUUUUUCUUCCCCUUCUCGCAGCAUGCCUGGUCGGCAUUUCCCGCGUCGAUGACUACUGGCAUCACUGGCAAGACGUGUUCGCCGGCGGCAUCCUCGGUCUUGUUGUGGCUACUUUCUGCUACCUGCAGUUCUUCCCACCUCCAUACCACACAGAAGGAUUUCAUCCCUAUGCGUAUGUCCGAGCAGUGGAGGAAUCUCGUGCCACUUCAGGAGCUGGCAGCAGUAUCAGAACUGCAAGUGCCAGCCAUGAAUGGUCUUCACCAACCUCCAACCUUGUCACUGAAACUGUCGACUCUACUUUGGGCGCCAUGGAAUCAGGAAGAAGGUAGACAGACAGAUCAACAGACAUGAUCAUCAUCCUCAUUUCUUGCCAAGAACUGUCUGUCAGUCUGUUAAUAUACUUUUUAUUUUGUCUGAAUCUUUCUUCCUUGAUCAAAUUCACACGUUGUGCUGUACAAAUCCCAGGUUGAUUCUGUUGUAUUGUGUUCAUUACAAGAAUAAAUAAAUAAAUAAAUAAAUGGAAUUUGAAUA